AUGAGUGACCGAGCGCUGUUCUUUGCUAUUGUCGGAAUAGUGUUAAUGAUCAUCGAGAAUGAGCUGAGUGCGGCUGGCGUCGUUUCUGCGGUGUGUUUCUCUUAUCGCAAGCAUAUCAAUAUUUCUUGA